UCGAGUUCUUACUCCUAUCAUCUUCACAUACCUUUGGAGCUAUUACUUUUUUAUACACUCAAGAGAAAUAACGUCAGACUGGUUUGGUAAGACUAAUGGAGAUUCACAUAUUGGAGCUUCGUACUUUGGUUUUGGUUAGUCUUUUCUUGCAAACUACGCUAAUCGUUUUUGGCGACAAAAGGAAGUACAUAACUAAUGAACUGCUAAAAUUCUUCAUAUGGUUGAACUAUUUGUCAGCUAAUUGGAUUGCCACAUUUAUGUUGGGAAUUCUUUACGUAGACUUCAAAAAUCCUGAGGUUGACCCCAACUUCUUAAUUAUCGCUAUAUGGGCACCAUUUCUUCUUGUGCAUCUUGGUGGUCCUGACACAAUCACUGCCUACUCCCUCGAGGACAAUGAGCUCUGGCUUCGACAUUUGUUUGACUUACUCAGUCAGCUAGUAGUUGUGGUUUAUGUUAUUUACCAGUCAUGGAACGGAAGCUCUCUUAAUUAUGUCACCAUUCUCGUUGUUGUGGCAGGAAUAAUUAAAUAUUGUGAGAGGACUUGGUCGUUGCGGUCUGCAAGCAGAGAUGAAUUCAGAGAAUCAAUUCUCCCUCCUCCAGACGCAGGACCAAAUUAUGCUAAAUUCAUGGACAAUUACAUUGCUAAAGAAGAUGAAGGAUAUCAUGUUACCAUGGAUACAUUUAUUGAUAUUACUACUCCAACAGCAUCGGAUCAUACUUCUCAAGGGCAAAUGCCAAAUCCAAAUAUUCCAGAUGGUGGAGCUUUACGUGAUGGAUUCAAAUUCUACAACAUUCCUGAGUGCCUCGUUGCGGAUCUUAUCUUUAGUUUCCAAGAUCACAAAAGCAGCCAAGAUUUCUUUCGAACCAAAGGUUGUCAACAUGCUUUCAACGUGAUUGCAAUUGAGCUGGGAUUGAUGUAUGAUAUGUUGUACACAAAGUCAGUGCUAACAUACUCCAAAUUUGGCAUCUUCCUCAAAUCUGUGAGCAUUCUCUGUACACUCUCUGCAUUGAUUAGUUUUUCUUUUCUGAAACCCAAACCCAUAACUUAUGACCACAUUAUCACCUUUGUGCUUUUUGGUGGGGCUAUUCUUUUAGAGAUAUAUGCAAUCCUUGUUGUACUUUCUUCAAGUAGGGCAAUGUUUUGGUUCAGCAAGCAUAAUAAUUGGGGAGCUAAUUUUCUCUACAAAUGCAUCUCAUGGUGUCAAUGUUUUUCACACACUGUCACAUGGUCUAAUCGUAUGUCACAGUUCAACCUCAUUAGAUUUUGCUUGAAAGAUGAGCCAAUCAAAUGUAUCAAAAUCCAGAAAUUCCUUCACAUCUAUAAAUACUUUGAGAAAUAUUACUAUAAAAAAACAAAACAAGUCUCUGAGGAAUUAAAAGAACUCAUUUUUAACGAACUUAAGAAUAAGUCUAGGGAAGCCACAAAUAUAGAAGAAUGCAAAAGAUUAUGCGCUUGCAAGGGCGAUUGGGUUCUUGAACAAUGUAAGUUUCAUAUUCAUAAAGAACAGAACGAUCGUAAUCAUGAUAAAAACAACUGUCAUAUCUGUGACAUUAACCACAGCAUUAAGGAGGUUGAGUUUGAUCAGAGCAUUCUGCUUUGGCAUAUUGCUACAGAUCUUUGUUAUUAUUCAGAAUAUUCAGAUUCAGAUGAUGAGCCUCUAAUCUUAAGUCCUGCUGCUCUCCAAAGUCGUGAAAAAAGCCAAUUGUUGUCGGAUCAUAUGUUAAAUCUUCUUGUUAUAUGUCCUUUUUUGUUGCCCAAUGGAAUAGGACAGAUAAGAUUUGAAGACACAUGCGCGGAGGUGGGUGAAAUUUUGGAAGAGAGAAAAUACAUAAAGGAAAGAAGGGAAGUUUGCAAGAUUAUACUCAGAGUGAAUACAAAAAUUCCACCAUCAAAGGUUAAAGGUGAUAGAAGCAAAUCUGUGCUAUUUGAUGCAUGUAGGCUUGCCAAAUCACUACAGUCUUUAGAAACGAAGGAGAACUGGUCCAAAGAAAAGAAAUGGAAAAUGAUAAGUAAUAUUUGGGUGGAGAUGUUGUGUCAUGCAGCAAGCCAAUGUCGAGGACUCAAUCAUGCUAAGCAACUUAGCCAGGGUGGUGAGUUGCUUACCCAUGUCUGGCUUUUGAUGGCUCACUUAGGUAUAACCGAACAAUUUCAAAUUUCUAAAGGUCAUGUAAGGGCAAUGUUGAAGCUCUCAUAAAAUGUUUUGUGAGUGAGUAGUUAAGAGUUCUUGUUACUUUCAUUAAUAUUGUGUUUUUUUUUUUUUUUAUAAUUUUGUGCUUUAUCUCUAAGUCAAACUCUUUUGUGCCUUCCUAUUUUGUGUUCAACUAUUGUAAUGAUUGUAAUAUUGAAAUUUGGUUAGUAUUUUGUUCCAUAUCUGUAACUUGGUUUUGUACGAUAUUGUAAAACGGUGAUUUGUUUGA